AUGUCGACACCAGCUAGAAGAAGAUUAAUGAGAGAUUUCAAACGUAUGAAGGAAGAUGCCCCACCGGGAGUAUCUGCUUCGCCACUACCUGAUAAUGUCAUGGUAUGGAAUGCUAUGAUCAUUGGCCCAGCAGACACGCCGUACGAAGAUGGUACAUUUCGAUUGCUUCUAGAGUUUGAUGAAGAAUACCCAAAUAAGCCGCCACAUGUUAAAUUUUUAAGUGAGAUGUUCCACCCAAACGUCUAUGCGAACGGUGAAAUUUGUUUAGAUAUUUUACAAAACAGAUGGACCCCGACAUAUGAUGUAGCAUCUAUAUUAACAUCCAUUCAAAGUUUAUUUAACGAUCCAAAUCCGGCUUCACCCGCAAACGUAGAAGCCGCAACAUUAUUCAAAGAUCAUAAAUCACAAUACGUCAAACGAGUUAAAGAGACGGUAGAAAAAUCUUGGGAAGAUGAUAUGGAUGAUAUGGACGACGACGAUGAAGAUGACGACGACGAAGAGGCUGACUGA